AUGGCGGUCGACAACUCAUUAGAGUCGCUUCUCGGCACCCUCACCACAUCGAUACAGUCUGCUACCGAGGCAAUUCCAAAAGACGAUGUGCUUCCGCCAAAAGAAGGCAUCUCAUUGCUCGACGUGAAGAAUGAGCUGUUGCUUUCUUACCUCCAGAAUCUCGUAUUCCUCAUAGUGCUCAAGCUUCGUGCGCGAAAAGAAGAGCAAGACUUGGGACCACAGGACGAGGUGGUGCAAAAGCUCGUGGAGCUACGAGUCUAUCUAGAAAAGGGCGUGCGCCCACUCGAAAACCGCCUGAAGUACCAAAUCGAUCGAAUCAUCCGAGCAGCAGAUGAUGCCAGCCGGAAGGUUACACAAACGAGCAAGGCUGCGAAAGCGAAGCCGUUGAAGGCAGAGGCAGAAUCUGACGCAGACACCGACGCCAGCGCCGCAGAUUCUGACGGUGCUAUGAGCGAGGAUGAGAAGAUGGAGAUAUCCGGACCUAGGCCCGGAAGAUUUUCGCGCGACAAGAUGAGCGCUGCUAGCAAGACCGUGGCAUCGAAAGAUGGCAUUUACCGACCACCCCGAAUUGCUCCUGUUUCUAUGCCUACGACAGAAAGCCGCGAGGAACGACAUGCAAGAAGACCUGGAAAGUCGGCAACCCUCGAUGAAUUUGUCGCUACAGAGCUCUCAGCUGCUCCCAUCGCACAGCCUAGCAUCGGAAGCACUAUCGUCGAAGGCGGUCGUCGCACAAAGUCCGACCGCGAGCGAAAGGAGGAAACUGAAAGGCGAGAGUACGAAGAAUCGAACUACGUUCGUCUUCCUGCCAAGUCGAAGAAGGAUCUGGCCAAACAACGUAGUAUGGAUCGCCGCGGCGGUGGAUUCGGGGGUGAGGAAUGGCGCGGCCUUGGUGCUGGGUUGGAACGCAUAGAGCGCUUGACGCAGAAGAAGGGAGGGUCUUCGGGCACGCUAGAGAAGAGUCGGAAGCGUCCGAUUGAAGAUGGUCCGAGGGGUAGUGGAUCCGCAAUUGGAGACGCGUUUGAGAAGCGGAGGAAGGUUGUCGCCAGAUAUCGCAAAUAA